AGUGGCUGCUGCUUCCUCGAGAUUUAAACUCAGCCUCUGCACCGGAGUCUGGCUGCUGCCGGCACCUGCAGUCCCCGGGCCGGCGGCUCCAGCAGUGGGCUGACUGGUUCGCCCAUGGUCUGCUUGCCUGGGACCUCCCGCUUGGCUUCCUCGCGGGCGCUGUCCAUCUCUCCAGUGCCUGGGCCCUGGCUGGGAGGAACACCGGUCCCCGCUGGCAGCACCCUCUCUGCAGCCUGAGGGAUGGGGUCUUCCCACUCCAUGUCGGAGGAGAUCCAAGAGCUGGCCGAGAAGACCGGCUUCACUUCGGACCAAAUUGAGCACCUGCACCGGAGAUUCAAGCAGCUCAGCGGAGACCAGCCAACCAUCCGCAAGGAGAACUUUGACCGGAUCCCCGACUUGGAGUUCAAUCCUAUUCGGACCAAAAUCGUCCAGGCCUUUUUUGACAAGAGGAACCUGCGACAGGCCUCCAGUGGAUUGGCCGAGGAGAUCAACUUUGAAGACUUCCUCACCAUCAUGUCCAAUUUCAGACCCGUUGAGCUGAACAUGGACGAGGAGCAGCUAGAUCGCUUCCGGAAGCAGAAACUGAAAUUCCUCUUUCACAUGUAUGACGCAGACAGUGAUGGGAAGAUCACUUUGAAGGAGUAUAGAAAGGUGGUGGAAGAGCUGCUCUCAGGGAACCCACACCUGGACAAGGAGUCUGUGAGGUCGAUAGCCGACGGAGCCAUGAUGGAGGCUGCCAGCAUCUGUGUGGGACAAAUGGAGCCAGAUCAGGUGUACGAAGGAAUCACCUUUGAAGACUUCCUUAAGAUAUGGGACGGAAUAGACAUCGAGACCAAGAUGCACGUCCGCUUCCUCACCAUGGAGCCAAUCGCGAUUUGCUACUGACUCCGGAGCCGCGGGGGGCGAAACGCUGGUGCCUUCUGGAGGAGCCGCCUGGAUCACAAGGGCAGGGGGCCGAUACGGGUAGCGAGGGAACUGGGUGGUGCAGCGUCGGUUCAGUGGGGCUGUUCGGCCUAGGGUGACACAUUUUCUCUAUUUGCCGGCAGUAGGGUGUUGCAAGCCGUCAAUAAAGCAGGCUUUGUUUUUC